CACCUGUCACCCGCGGCUCGGCGCGGCGCGGCGGGCGCGCGGCUCCUCUCCCCCCGCCCCCCCCCCGCAGAGGGAGAGCGCGCGGGGCCGCGCCGCCCGCCAUGGCGUUGGGGUGUUGCGGCGCUCGCUGCCGCCCGUCCUUCUCCGCCGAGGCGGCGGGCGAGCGGCGCUGAGGCCGGGUUAAAUCAGCCGUUGUUCUUGAGAGUCCUCGGUUGUGCUGCUUUGUCAGAAUUGACUGCAUGUGUUUAGGUAUUUGCCUCCAGAUCUGUUGAAUAUGGCCCUGAUGAAGGGCAGUGCCCCCUGAGAAAAACACUCCUCAAGCAGAAUCACAGCUGUGACAGACUGCUGAGAGCGGUACCACGGAAACUAUGUAAGCUGGUUUUGUGCUUCUGGCAUAAACAUGAUGAAAACUGAGUCUUCAGGAGAAAGAUCAACCCUCCGAAGUGCCUCUCCUCACAGGAAUGCUUACAGAACUGAGUUCCAGGCGCUGAAAAGCACCUUUGACAAACCAAAAUCAGAUGGAGACCCAAAAACGAAAGAGGAAGGAGAGGCCUCGCAGAGCAGGGGAAGGAAAUAUGGCUCAAAUGUCAAUAGGAUUAAGAACUUAUUUAUGCAGAUGGGCAUGGAGCCCACUGAAAGUGCUGGAGUUACCGCAAAAAUCAGGGGGAAGGGUGGCCCUCCAUCACCUCAAAGACGAAUUAGGCCCAAAGAAUUUGUAGAAAAAGCAGAUGGUUCAAUCGUAAAAUUGGAGUCAUCCGUCUCAGAAAGGAUUAGUAGGUUUGAUACUAUCCAUGAUGGUCCUUCUUAUUCCAAGUUUACUGAAACUCGGAAGAUGUUUGAGCGAAACGCUCAUGAAAUGGGACAUUCAAAUCGCUAUUCUCCAAAGAAAGAGAAAGUAAUUUCCAAUGAGCUUCCAGAUGAAUGGUGCAGUUCUAAGUCUCACAGAGGCAGCACUGAUUCACUGGACAGUCUCAGCCCAAGGACAGAGACCGUCUCUCCGACAGUGAGUCAGCUCAGCGCGGUUUUUGAAAACACUGACUCACACAACGUAAUCGUUGUAGAAAAAUCAGAGAACAAUGAAGAAUACUCUGUAACUGGUCACUACCCGCUAAACCUCCCAUCUACUGUCACAAAUAUCUCCUCCCCAGUUGCGAACCUUGAGGGUUUCAGUCCUUUGAAAGAAGCUGGUACAUGGUCUCCACCAGCCAAACAGAGUACCGGCCUGACGCCUGCUGAGAACUCUCAGCAGAACAGCACGCCUUCAGCACCGAGACAGAAGACAUCCACAGGCACCUUGGCAAGUUCAAAACCAACUGAAGAAAUAAAGAAGAGUACAGAGGCAGGCGCUGAUUCUGUUGAGAAAACUGCAGCAAGUCAGCAGGAUUUGGUCAACACACCUGACAGUGAAAGGUCUGUGGACAUCUGUGCUAGGAGUAAGUCAAAAACAGAUACAGGAGUUCUGUUGCAACAAAAGGAACAGUCAGAGCAUCCAGAGGGUAUCUUUGAUAGACCCGAAGCUGCAGAAGUACCAAGAAACGUAGCUUCAGGUGGUGAUUUUGCCACAGAUGCUGUUUCAGAUGCUAUCGAGUCCCAUUAUGAUGAGGCAAGUGAAAAAGAAGUGCAGGAACAUGUGAAUAACUUUCAGAGUUCCCACGUGUACAUGCACUCUGACUACAAUGUGUAUCGGGUACGGUCGAGAUAUAAUUCUGACUGGGGAGAGACAGGUACCGAACAGGAUGAUCAGGAUGACAGCGAUGAAAAUAACUGUUAUGAACCUGAUAUGGAAUAUUCUGAAAUUAAUGGAUUGCCAGAUGAAGAUGAAAUCCCAGCCAACAGGAAAAUACAGUUUAGCCGUGCUCCAAUUAAGGUUUUCAAUACAUAUUCAAAUGAAGACUAUGACAGGAGAAAUGAUGAAGUUGACCCAGUGGCUGCAUCAGCUGAAUAUGAACUCGAGAAGCGUGUAGAAAAGCUGGAGCUCUUCCCAGUUGAACUAGAAAAAGAUGAAGAUGGACUUGGCAUAAGCAUUAUUGGAAUGGGAGUUGGAGCAGAUGCAGGCCUUGAAAAACUAGGAAUAUUUGUCAAAACAGUAACAGAAGGUGGGGCAGCAGAAAGAGAUGGCAGGAUCCAAGUGAAUGACCAAAUUGUGGAAGUUGAUGGCAUAAGUCUGGUUGGUGUUACCCAAAAUUUUGCUGCAACUGUUCUUAGAAACACCAAAGGGAAAGUCAGGUUUGUAAUUGGACGAGAAAAACCAGGACAAGUGAGUGAGGUUGCGCAGCUGAUUAGCCAAACUCUAGAACAAGAACGCCGCCAGAGAGAGCUGCUGGAGCAGCAUUAUGCACAGUACGAUGCAGAUGAUGAUGAGACAGGGGAAUAUGCUACAGAUGAAGAUGAUGAAGACAUGGGACCUGUCCUUCCAGGAGGUGACAUGGCUAUUGAAGUGUUUGAUCUUCCUGAAAACGAUGAUAUGUUCUCCCCCAGUGAUGUGGACACCAGCAAGCUUGCUCACAAAUUCAAAGAGUUGCAAAUCAAACAUGCAGUUACAGAAGCUGAAAUUCAGAAGCUGAAGACAAAGCUGCAGGCUGCUGAGAAUGAGAAAGUGAGGUGGGAAUUGGAGAAGACCCAACUCCAGCAGAACAUUGAGGAGAAUAAGGAAAGGAUGAUGAAAUUAGAGAGUUAUUGGAUUGAGGCACAAACCCUGUGUCACACGGUGAAUGAGCACCUCAAGGAGACGCAAAGCCAGUAUCAGGCUCUGGAGAAGAAAUAUAACAAGGCAAAGAAAUUAAUCAAGGAUUUUCAGCAAAAAGAACUUGACUUCAUCAAACGCCAGGAAGCUGAACGAAAGAAAAUAGAAGAUUUGGAGAAAGCACACCUUGUAGAAGUUCAAGGCUUACAAGCUCGUAUACGAGACUUGGAAGCUGAAGUUUUCAGGCUAAUGAAACAAAAUGGGAGCCAAGUUAACAAUAACAACAACAUUUUUGAAAGGCAGACAUCGUUUGGAGAAGUUUCUAGAGUAGAUCCAGUGGAAAACCUAGAUACUAAGCAAGUGUCCUGCCUGGAUGGCUUAAGUAAAGAUUUCAAUGAAGCAGUGCCAGAAACAGAGAGACUGGACUCCAAAGCUCUGAAGACUCGAGCUCAGCUUUCUGUGAAGAACAAGCGGCAGAGGCCUUCUAGAACAAGGCUGUAUGAUAGCAUCAGUUCAACUGAUGGAGAAGACAGCCUAGAAAGAAAGCCGUCAAACAGUUACAGUAGUCCCAUGCACAUUUCAAAAUCACCACUGCCCUUAUGCAUGAGAGCAUCCUCACCAGCAUCAGAUUCUGGUGCUUCCUCCCUCUCCCCUGUGGCUAGCAGUGCAGCAAUCUCACUUGACAACCUAACUGAAAACCAAGAAGGAGGACAACACCACAAAGGAGAUGUCCUUUCCCCACAUGCUCGGGGAGACACUCCACUUUCCUCUCCUUCAAAAUCCGGGCACAGCUCUGAAGCAUCUCCUUUGCAUCAUCCAGCUGGCAGGAGUAUUUUACAAGAUAAAGAUGGUGCCACAUGCGCUCAGGCAGCAAGAACAACUAGCCCUACUAUAGGGCAUGCAGAAAAACUAAAGCGAAAACUUGCAGACCUUGGGGCUCCCUUGAGGAGGAGUUCAAACAAGGGCAAGAAGCGGAAAGAGAAAGAAGCUCAUAGGGUGACCUGUGGCAGUAGGACUGCCAGAGAGAUGCUGCAGAAAUCAGCAAACACUAAAUCUUUAACAGAACGAUCCUCCUCUCUCCCACACUGUGUACCAUUCACAUGGUAUGGAGAGAGUGGGAAGGGAUCCAAUUCUUCUAGCAACCUGCCAUCGCCUACCAGCUCAACUGAACCUUCCUCUGAAAAUAUAAGUCCAGCUAAAAAAGGGUCAAAGAACUUCACGUUCAACGAUGAUUUCAGUCCCAGCAGCACAAGCUCAGCUGAUUUGAGCGGUUUAGGAGCAGAACCUAAAACCCCCGGUUUCUCGCACACCUUAGCACUGUCAUCAGAUGAGAGCCUGGAUAUGAUUGAUGAUGAGAUCCUUGACGAUGGACAGUCUCCUAAACACAGUCAGUGUCAGAGUCGUGCUGUUCAGGAGUGGAGCGUGCAGCAGGUUUCCCACUGGUUAAUGAGCCUGAACCUUGAACAGUAUGUUUCCGAAUUCAGUGCCCAAAACAUUAAUGGGGAGCAUCUCCUUCAGCUGGAUGGGAGUAAGCUCAAGGCUCUUGGUAUGACAUCUUCCCAGGAUAGAGCAAUCAUUAAAAAAAAGCUAAAGGAAAUGAAGGCGUCCUUGGAGAAAGCUCGCAAAGCUCAAGAAAAAAUGGAAAAGCAAAGGGAAAAGCUUCGGAAGAAGGAACAAGAGCAACUGCAAAGGAAAUCGAAGAAAACAGACAAGUUUUCAUCAGAUGCAACAGAGGGCACUCAUGAGCAGUGAUAAGCAGAAGUGCUGCUGUGUUAGGAAAGUGGAGGCACUUCAAGGGAAGAGAAACUCAUAUUCACCCUGGUGCCCCUUCAGCUUUCUGGCAUUCAUUACACAAGAGUGUGUACAGAGAAAUGGGGCUAUGCAUAGAAUGACUAGGGAAAAUUGUAUUGUGUAGUUUUAUUUUCCUGCAUAUCCAGUUCACGCUCGUUGUUGUUGCCAUAUGAAACAACCCCAGCCCCUUGGUUUGUUUUGUUGUUGUUGACAGCUAACAGAUUUCAUAUUUGUGUGGCGGUGUUUCCUUCCAAACUUCUCUUCUCUAUUGAGCUCUAUGUGUUUGGUCACUUCAGUAACCAGCAUGAUGCUGAGGAGCAUGGUCCACUGCUUCACCUCUUCUGAAUAGGAUGGCCAGUUAAAACAGUUGGUGGACAUUUCUUCACCUGGGUAAAAGGACUUGUGCUCUACUCAAUAAGACUUGACUUAACUUUCUAACUGGAAGUUCAGCUUCUUUAUGGUGUUUGGAUAUCAGUCUACUGGAGUAAGUUUUGUCUUGUGUCAGUAUUUGAAGCGACACUGCUCUGGAAACACAACUGUUCAAUGACUUCUUAUUAUACACUGGAGAUAAAGACAAGAGAGUCAAUAUUCUCCCUGGGUGAAAGACAGGAGGUGAAACUCUUUCUGUUAACUGUACAAUAGUUAAUCCAGGAAGGAGGCAAAGCCUUAAAUGAUUAUGUGGGUUUACACAGAAAUCUGAGGAUAACAUUUAUCCUUUAGAUAUCUGAGCAAGGAUGAAUUUCUAACUAGAGCACAGCGUAUAGAUCUGUAUAAAUAUCAUUGUGCUCCCAGUGUGUAUGCAACUUUCUUAAUAGCACGCUCUGCUUUCUUUUUCAUGUGUUUUGAACAGAAAACUGGGCUUAUUUUGUUUUCUUUUGGGGUUUUUGUUCCAAGAAAAACACCACAUCUUCAGAUUCAUUCUCCAGCAAGCAUUGGGAGAAUAAGCUUUGUGCUGUGCCGUUAUGAAGCUGUUGGUGGAAAGGAUUAUCAAACAAGUCUGCUGAAGAUUUUCAGUUUUUACAGAAGUGCACUUUAUGAAGAGGAAGACGAGGGAUUCUGGUUACAAUUAAAUUCAGUACAUUGCUGUUAAGAUCAAUGCUGUCAUGGAGGUGUCAGAUACUAAAUCCAAGGCUGCCGUAUAUUAACUAUUUUGAUUAAUGUGUUUAAGGAAUUUCCCCACCAAAACCUGAAUUUUUGGGCAUAGGCUGUAGAAUGUUUUGAUGGCUUAGCAGUGACUGUAUUACAUCCUUCAGAGAUUUCUGUUUUCCUGGCAUAUGAAGCCAUCAGCAAAGCCCUCUGUGUAGUUCACUAUGACAGGAGCAGUGUGUAGCUUGCCCUGCAUGGUGUUACUGCCUCUUAAGAGCAGUAUUAACAUGUAUGGUAUUUCUUCAAAAGAAUGGACAGACAACAGGCAAAUACUCACAAUGAGAAACUGGAGGUAUUAGCUUACUGCUUUAUAGUCAAAGCUAACUAUGUAGCAGCAUUUAUAAUUGAGAAACUACACUUCCUUUUCAUGCAUCCUGGAAGUUGCCGUUGUCAUCUUGUGAUGCCAACCCAUAAUUAACAUGUGGAUGCAAAUUUAGAGUCUUGAACUUCAAAAUUUGCCAGCGUAAAAAAUGCAAAUAUUGAAUUCUUUUGAAGAAAGUGUUUGGUUUAGUUAGGCCUGGCUUCUUUUUUGCUCUGUACUUUAUGGCAUACAGAUUUGCAUCUGUGAAGUUCUCUGAAGCUCAUAUUUGAAACAAUUGGGGUGCAAUGUUUAUAGUUCAAUUACUUUUGAUCCUAAUAAUUUCUUUGACAUGUAAAAUGAUCCCUAAAAUGAUAAAUUAGUUCAUUUAGAAGUAAUACAUAACAGAUCUACUUAGCUUUAGCUUUUUUUUACCUUCCAAAUCCAAUUUCUACAAUUUUCUGUUGUAUAUUUUAUUCAGAUCUAAAAAUGAAAUUGCUGUAAAAGAUACUUCCUGAUAUUUCUAAAGGCUUGCAAUAUUUUUCUUCAGAUAGAUCAUCGGUAAAAAAUUACUCCUGCUAAUGAGAAUCCCAUAUUGCAAUGAAUUUUUCCACGCGCUUUGUAGGAGAAAAAUUAUCCAAGUGUUUAAGAGCCUCAUAAAGCUAGCAUUCUGUUACUUAGGAGGUUAUCAAUUUAUAUUUGAGUAAGAAGUUAUCUGGAAGAAACUGGAAAAUCAAUAUUUUAAGGACAAUGUUGAUAAAUGCAUUCAAUGAUUAUUUUCCUUUUAAAUUAUGUUUACAUUGUAGUAACAUUUAAGUGGUUUUAGAUAGUAAUCUAAGGUGGUGUCCAUGUUUUAUGUUCUUUGUUUUCUUAGAAAACUGAGCAGACUGCUUGGCAUUGAGUUUUCAUUCUUUUGCUUAGAACAGUGCCUACUUAAUCUCUUUGUAAAUCAGAUUCUUAUUUUACAGAAUAACUAAUGCGACUGAAGUCCUUUAAGUAUUCAUGGUUUUGUUAUUGCUUUGCGGUAAUGUGAUUUUGUUAUUCUCGGACUAAAAAAAUGACCAAACCAACAAAAACCCAGCUUAAAAAAAAACAACCCAGUAGCUUAAAUUUAAAUUAAUACCAUAAAAUGGAUUUUGAUCAACACAUGAAAUCUAAGCAAACCAAGCAAUGUCAAGAGCUUCAUUCCUCUUUCAGUGAUAAAAGAGGUUUAUUGUUUUAUUGAAUAUGGUAACUCAUUUUGGAGAUGUGCAGAACUGUCACUGAUAACAGCUGUAAAGACCAGUGCAGUUUGAAACUUUUGUUACUGUUCUAUAAGACCUUUAAAGUUGUCUUGCAUUUUUUCCACUUGUACUGCAUAAUGACCUAUGUAUGAAACGAGAUAUGGGUGUCUCAUAAUUCUUAAUGAAAACGUCCUAUAAACCAAUGCUGAGUCAGACUAAUGUGGGGGUUUGUGUAAUAAGAUGAAAAAAAUAUUCCACGCUAAAUUACUGGAAAGACUUUCUCUUUUGGCUCACCCGUAAAUGUAACUGUCACCUACUUUUGUUUAUUGAUUUGUGGAGCUAAAGCAAUUUUGAGUAUGCUGAGUUGCCUGGCCACCUGUAAAUAGCUAUGCAGGAAGCGUGGUGUUUCCACCAGCCCUGAGGCUGUGUCAUCUUUAUGCCUAGGUGACCACCACAAGCUGGUGAAGUUAACUUCUCCCUGGUUACGAUGGUGGGCCGGUUCUAUGAACGCUAGCCCUGCUUAUUGCCACAGUAUUGCCAGGCUGUGAAUAUAUUGAGUCUCUGAAAGGCUGAGAAAGGAGAGUCAACCAAAAAUAUGGAACUCUGGAAAACAGAAAAUAAAAGAUACAACGCUGCAAC